UCCGGAGCUCGGCGGUGCGGCCUUCCCCGCCCCCUCCCUCCUCCCCCGCCCGCUUCCGCCCGGCUUAUUAUCCUCCUUAUUGACAAACAGAGCGGCCGCGGCGGCGACUCUCGGCGUGCGUUUGUAGCCAAGCCAUGGGAGACAAGAAGAGCCCCACCAGGCCGAAGCGGCAGCCGAAGCCGUCCUCGGAUGAGGGUUACUGGGACUGUAGCGUCUGCACCUUCCGGAACAGCGCCGAGGCCUUCAAGUGCAUGAUGUGCGAUGUGCGGAAGGGCACCUCCACCCGAUCCACAUUCUUUGAAGUUAUUGUGAAUGCCUCGAGGACCAAGGGACCGUUGAAAUUUCCAAUUUCAGGAAGGAAACCUCGGCCUGUCUCCCAGUUGGUUGCACAGCAGGUUACUCAGCAGUUUGUGCCCCCUACACAGUCAAAGAAAGAGAAAAAAGAUAAAGUAGAAAAAGAAAAAAGUGAAAAGGAAACAACUAGCAAAAAGAACAGUCAUAAGAAAACCAGGCCAAGAUUGAAAAAUGUGGAUCGGAGUAGUGCUCAACACUUGGAAGUUACCGUUGGAGAUCUGACAGUCAUUAUUACAGACUUUAAGGAGAAAACGAAGUCACCGCCCGCAUCUAGUGCUGCUUCUGCAGAUCAACACAGUCAGAGUGGCUCCAGCUCUGAUAACACAGAGAGGGGAAUGUCCAGGUCAUCUUCACCCAGAGGAGAAGCCUCAUCAUUGAACGGAGAAUCUCAUUAAAGUUUAUUUUCUCCAAUUUCCUAGUCACUUCUGUCAUACCAUGCAAAUACACAGAUUAUGCCAAGAAGUACCACAUUUUCAUGACAAACAUAUUCAUGCACAAUCCAUAAUUUGCAUUUUACAUAAAAUAGAAAUUUGUUAGAUUUUAUUGCAAUCUAUGCCUACCAAACAUUUCCAGACUUAACAUUUUGGUCUCCACAGUUAAAGGUGCCAUGAAAAUGUGGUUGAAUUACUCAUUAUGCAGUGUUAUUGGUAAGUCUAUUUUCACUUUUAGUUUAGUGAAUUCUAACACAUAAUUCUUGAAUUCUCUACUAUUGGCAUGUAACGAAUUUAAAUUUUUAUAACAUAGUGCAAGCUGCCUAAAUAUGUAUUAUUUGAGAAUUGUGAAACAAAUAGUUAUAUGUAUACAAGUCAAAAAUCAACUUAAUCAACUGUUGCUACAACAGAAUUUUCUUAAUGGUUAUCCUCUUAAAUACACCUGCUGGUACUUGGUGUGGUUAAAUAGGAAGAUUGUUAUUAAAUAAAG